AUCGCGAUAACAUAUGAUGCCUAUGUGAAACAGCAAGGCGGACAUCCGCUCUCUUUUCGGUGGCAGACUGUUGUCGAGCCAGUUUUACAAAAUGAAGCUGAAUAUCUCGUUUCCUGCCACUGGCUGUCAGAAGCUGAUUGAAGUGGAUGAUGAGCGCAAGUUGCGAACCUUCUACGAGAAGCGUAUGGCCACAGAGGUGGCUGCUGAUCCCCUGGGAGAUGAGUGGAAGGGCUACAUGGUGCGCAUCAGCGGAGGCAACGACAAGCAGGGCUUCCCCAUGAAGCAGGGUGUGCUGACCCAUGGCCGUGUGCGCUUGCUGCUUGCCAAGGGCCAUUCCUGUUACCGCCCCCGUAGGACAGGAGAGCGCAAACGCAAGUCUGUCCGUGGCUGCAUCGUUGAUGCCAACCUCAGCGUGCUGAACUUGGUUAUCAUCAAGAAAGGUGAGAAGGACAUCCCCGGCCUGACCGACAGCACUGUGCCCCGCCGCUUGGGACCCAAGAGGGCCAGCAAGAUCCGCAAGCUCUUCAACCUGGCCAAGGAGGAUGAUGUCAGGCAGUAUGUUGUGAGGAGACCCCUGACUAAAGAAGGUAAGAAGCCCAGGACCAAGGCUCCCAGGAUCCAGAGGCUAGUGACACCCCGUGUGCUGCAGCACAAGCGCCGCCGCAUUGCCCUUAAGAAACAGCGCACCCAGAAGAACAAGGAAGAGGCUUCCGAGUACGCGAAGCUGCUGGCCAAGAGGAUGAAGGAGGCUAAGGAGAAGCGCCAGGAACAGAUCGCUAAAAGGCGCCGUCUCUCCUCCCUUAGGGCCUCCACAUCCAAAUCUGAGUCCAGCCAGAAGUGAAAUGUGGAAUUGAAUUAAAUGUUUUGCUGAAA